AUGCGAGUUUACGGAAGGGGUCAACAAAGUCAUUGUAUCAGAAAGCGCAGAUACCUUCGUGAUUUAGAGAGGCAGGUCCAAGAUCUUAAGUGUGCAGCUUCCACAGACAAUAUCUCUCCGCAGAGUGGAGCCAGGUGCAGUUGCACAGCUGAUGCUGCAGGGAUACCUUUCGAUACUGCAGGGUCUCAAUCGGAAGCUUCCUCAUCGCCACAAGCAAUUGGUUAUGCGCGAAGCGUCUGGACAAGCCCGUUUACUUUACCGUCGACGACUAUCAAGAAUACUGAAAACAACAAAAGAAGUUGGAUUUGGCUAGCUCCGUCGUCAAUGUGGUCGUUUACUGCUCGACUUACUGUCAUGCUGACGGAGAAGUUGCACCAUACGUUUCCCAAUAAUGCGCCUACUCUUUUAAAGAGGGAGGUCUAUCCCCUUCGAUGGACCUGUUGCGCUGUUGAUGAACCACCCGAUGUCAACGGCCUGCCAUCCCUCGACUAUGCUAUGCAUCUCGUCAAUACAACAAAAUUUCACUUGGGCCAGAAUUAUAGGCUCUUCAAUGAAGAUGUUUUCAUCAGUCGCCUUCUGGGGUUCUAUCAUGGUGAUGCUACGAAGAUAGCAGCUGAAGAUCGCCUAUGGUUCAUUCAACUUCUGUUAGUCUUCUCAUUCGGGAUUGCUUUCCGUUCAGGGUCGAAGAAUUCUCGAGGUGCUCCAGGUUCAAGCUUCUUUAUUCGUGCGAUGUCUCUGAUGCCAGAUCAUGCGUCACUUUGGAAAUAUAGUGUGCCAGCAAUUGAGACUAUGGCACUUGCCGGACUAUAUCUAUACUCGGUUGGAGAAAGGGAGUCAGGACAUAUAUAUAUUGGCCAGGCAGUGAGAAUAGCGCAAUUUGAAGGUUUGCACACUCAUCUACCAGAGGAUCAGCUUGGUGCUGAAACUAUGUCCCGGUGUCGCAACCUGUGGUGGACUUUGUACACCAUAGAUAGCCACUUUUCCUCUUCUGUGGGACUGCCCACGACCACGCAGGACUGGAAUAUCAGCACCCCAAUCAAUCCGCCAAGCACAUGCUCACACCAGGAUGUCAUUCUCAGCCUUCAAGUGAAGCUGUCACGCUUACAAUCGUUUAUCAUUGCCACUGUAUACAAGUCAGAAAAGACACAGCUGGGCGCGUUCCUUGAAACAACAAGAUCAAUAUUACAUACACUGGCGGGAUAUGCGGAGGAGGUUGAAAAAAUAAUCCACGCCAAGUUUCGAAAUUCUGUUGACAGGACGCCUAAUGGGACGCGACAUAUCACAUUGCUAUAUCAUCAGUGUGUGAUCGCUGCAACCCGGCCACUUCUCUUAUCCGUUCUCAAAGAGCGGCUAGACAGCCUUGACCACGAGACGGAGAACUGGCAAGACUUUCUAGUUUUGACAAAGACAUUGAUUUCCAUCAGUAUCAAAUCGGCUGAGAAAGCUCUUCAUAUAUUAUCUGAGGAUGAUGGCCUUCUCGAGGUAUUCCUGCCAUACGACCUCGAAUAUACAUACUCAUCCAGCGUGCAUCUGGCUAUUGCGAAUGCACUUUUUCCGAGUGUAGUCGAUGGCCAAACAUACAGCCAGAAAGCACAUCUGAUUCUUGAUGAGAUGAUAAACAAAGGAAACAAGGUUGCUGAAGUGCGAAAAGCAGAACUGUCUCACCUUGAAAGCCUACUCUUAGAGCUUGCCGCGCGCGCAGAAUUACAGGGAUUUCAGCCUCUUACGCUAUACAGCCCCAAGCAGUCAGGGACGACAUCCAGAAACGACAGCAUGGUGGAAGAACAACCAAAUAGGGAACCUGUGGCUGAUCAUGAUAUGAUGGUUACGCCAAACCCCGAGCCUCCACGGCCUAGAGAGGCGAGCCUGUCAGGUGACAUUGAGUUUCUCAAUGACAUUGGCGUUUCUUCUUAUGAGUUCUACAAUAUUGUGGAUCAAAUAGCCAACUCGGACCUGUCUUACAGUAUACUAGAUUCUGCACCGAACUGA